AUGGAGGAAGAAUUGGUUAAUGAGAGAAUUCAAUUAGAGGCUUCUGAGGAUUCACAGCGACAGAUUAAAGAGGAUGAUGUGUAUUCACCGAUAACAGAUAGCCGGAAAGUUUUGAAAUCGCAACAACCAUUGGAGUAUAAUGCUAUUCUACAAGGGAAAAAUGUAGUUGAGGCUGUUACUGAAGCGGCUACGUCGCAGCAUGCUUAUGCGACGGUUGAGGAACUAACUGUAAAAAGUUACAAUGGUUCGAGUUUCGAUAUUGGUACAUCGAAUAGUCAAGUGCAAAUGUAUAAUAAUCAACAGAAACAUUGGCAGAAUCUUUAUCAGAUGACGAAUAAUUCUGGAAAUGGAAAUUCAUUAAGUGAUAUUGGGUUGAUGAAUAGUGGCCAGGCUACAUCUAGUGCUUGGGAAGAUAUUGGAUCCACAUCUUUUCCUGAGUUGUUAGCUAGGAAAUCACACAGUGAUGGUCAGAGCAAUGUCAUUGAACACUUGGCGGCUGGUGAGAGUAAAGAGGGUGCUGGGGAUGUUCAUCGAGGAAUGCGGACAAAAGUAUUAUCCAAAUCUGGGUUUGCUGAGUAUUUUAUUAAAAAUUCGUUGAAGAGUAAGGGUGUUGUACAUAAAGGUCCAUCUUCGGAUCGGUUCUAUGUUCAGUCUAAAGAGAAAAAUCAGGUCAAGGCUGGCAGUGGUGCAAAUCAGAAUUGGAUUAAGACUAGCAUUGGCGCAGAUCAGAAUCAGAUGAAGACCAGCACUGGUACAGAUCAGAAACAAAUGAAGACUGGUAUUGCUGCUCAGUCAAACUCUAGUAAAUCAGUGAAGUAUGAUUCCAAAACUGCCAACUUUCCCUUUCACAGUGAUGCUUCUGUGCCUAAGUCUUGCAUGACUGAAUGUGACGGUGUAACAUUGAGAGAAUGGUUAAAAUCUGGCCAGCGCAAAACAGGAAAAGUGGAAAGUUUUACUAUAUUUAGAAAAAUAGUGGAUUUGGUGGAUGACUCUCACUCUCGGGGAAUUGCAUUGCAUAACCUUUGUCCAUCUUACAUUAAAUUGUUACCGUCAAAUCAGGUCAUGUACAUUGGUUUACCUACUCAAACACAGAUGUCAGACAGUGUUGUAAAUCCUGAAGUUCUUAACUCAGAUAAUUCUUUUAUUAGAAAAAGGGUGUCUGAGCAAGUAACAUCUUCCUCUAUUGCUAUGGAGUCCAAGAAACAAAAAAUUGAUGAGAGGGUGAGGGUUACUGGGAGUGACUUGUGUAAUGAGACUGCUAGUCAUCAUAAUGUUCAAACUCCUACAGUUGGAUCACUAGGUUAUCGAACCGAAUAUGAGAAAGAUAACCAAUUUUCUCUGUAUAAUUUUGGGAGAAUGUCUAGCAUCCCUUGUGUAUCUAAUACAGGUGAAUUUUCAUCUACAUCUUUAUGUGAAAGAUGGGAAAAUAAGUGGUAUGCAAGUCCUGAGGGUGGUUGCACAACAUCAUCAAACAUCUACUGCCUCGGUGUACUCCUUUUUGAGUUACUAAGUCAUUUUGACUCUGAAAAAGCACAUAUUGCAACAAUGUCUGAUCUUCAUCAUAGGAUUCUUCCUCCAGCUUUCCUAUCAGAAAAUCCUAAGGAAGCUGGCUUUUGUCUUUGGCUGCUGCAUCCUGAACCAUCAUCACGUCCAACAACAGGGGAAAUCCUACAAUCCGAAGUGAUCAAUGGAUUACAGGAGUUGUGUAGUGAGGAAUUGUCAUCACGUAUAGACAAAGAAGAUGCUGAGUCAGAAUUAUUAUUACAUUUCCUCACCUCGUUGAAAGAGCAGAAGCAGAACGAUGCCUCCAAAUUGGUUGAACAAUUGAAGUGCUUGGAAUCAGAUAUAAAAGAGGCAGAGAGGAGGCAUAGCUCAAGAAAAUCCUUUGUUUCCUCUGGCCUGCAGAACGAUUACUCUUGUCAGAAAGAGAUUAUGCCUCUGAGAAAGGAACUUUUGAGUGUAGAAAUGCUGCCCACACUUUCUGAAACAGGUGCCACAGAUCACCCAGAGAAAGAUAUACUAAGAACUCGUGAGAACUUGUGUGUGACACAAAAAGGCGAAGAAAAACAUAAAAGUAAAGAUGCCUUAGGAACCUUCUUUGAUGGUUUGAGCAAAUAUGCACGUUACAACAGGCUUGAAGUGCGGGGUAUGCUAAGAAAUGCAGAUUUUAACAAUCCUGCGAAUGUGAUAUGCUCUCUGAGCUUUGAUCGGGAUGAAGAUUACUUUGCUUCUGCUGGGAUAUCUAAGAAAAUAAAAAUCUUUGACUUCAAUACACUUUGCAAUGAUUCUGUCGAUAUCCAUUAUCCUGCAGUUGAGAUGUCAAACAGAUCAAAGCUCAGCUGUGUUUGCUGGAAUAACUAUAUUAAGAAUUAUCUUGCCUCUACAGACUACGACGGUGUAGUGAAGUUAUGGGAUGCUAGUACAGGUCAAGAAUUUUCUCAGUACAGUGAACAUGAAAAGAGGGCUUGGUCUGUUGACUUCUCUCCAGUAUGCCCUACAAAAUUUGCCAGUGGAAGUGAUGAUUGUACUGUCAAGCUGUGGAGCAUCAGUGAGAGAAACUGUUUAGGAACAAUCCGGAAUGUUGCUAAUGUCUGCUGUGUUCAAUUUUCUGCUCAUUCCUCUCAUUUGCUAGCAUUUGGAUCAGCGAAUUACUCGACUUACUGUUACGAUCUUCGUAAUCUUAGAAGUCCCUGGUGUGUAUUAGUUGGCCACCGUAAAGCUGUAAGCUAUGUUAAAUUCUUAGACUCUGAAACACUUGUUUCUGCCUCUACUGAUAAUUCAUUAAAGAUCUGGGAUCUCAAUAAAACCUCUUCGGUUGGUGCAUCUACAAGUGCUCGCAGCCUAACCCUGUCUGGACAUACUAAUGAGAAGAAUUUUGUGGGGUUGUCAGUUGCUGAUGGAUACAUUGCCUGUGGUUCAGAAUCAAAUGAGGUUUACACCUACUAUAAAACGCUUCCCAUGCCAAUUACUUCACACAAGUUUGGAUCUAUUGAUCCCAUUUCUGGCAAAGAGACUGAUGACGACCAAGGUCAGUUUGUUUCAAGUGUGUGCUGGAGAGGGAAGUCAAACAUGCUUCUUGCGGCCAAUUCAAGUGGAUGUAUAAAAGUGUUACAGAUGGUUUAA